GAAUCAUGGUUAUGCUGAAGAUUUCAUCUUUCCUUGCUGUCUAUGCCUUGGUUGUGUGCCAGAUGGACAGCUUCCAGGCAGCCCCAGUCAGACCUGGCUUGGAGUCCGUAACAGACCGAGUGACGCUAAGUGAUUACGAAGCUCGGAGAUUAUUAAAUGCCCUGGUGAAAGAGUUCAUACAGAUGACGGCAGAAGAGCUGGAGCAAGCCUCUGAGGGGAAUAGCCUGGAUAGACCAAUUUCCAAGCGCUGUGCCAGUCUGAGUACUUGUGUGCUGGGCAAACUGUCUCAAGAAUUGCACAAAUUGCAAACUUACCCUCGCACUGACGUCGGGGCUGGAACUCCUGGCAAGAAACGGAGUGUGCUGAGUGACCCGGACCAUGACCGCUAUGCAAACUAUGGGGAUGCCCUGGGAGACAACUAGACGUGCUUAAUUCUGCCCUCUCCCUUUUUUAACUCGAUGCAUGUGGAUCUAAGUUUGAUUGCUAACUUUGCUCUUUUCUUUUGGUUCUGGUUUUGACAGAGAAUGUUUGAGGUGGACCAAAUGUUAGGAAGCCAGAGUACAUAACAUUCCUAUCAGGCUAGGGGGAAAAUAAAUAAGAAUGAACAGCAUUGCCUUGAGAUCUCAAAUGAUUUUUCUUAGACAUUCAUUUAAACAAACAAACUAAAUAAGGCUCUUCAUCUCUGGCUGCUAAAUGUACAAGUAGACUUUUCU